UGUCCGGGUGGGCAGGACGGGUUUAGCGGAGGCGGGUUUCGCCCCUACGGGCGCAGGCUCCGCGGCCCCCCGCCCCGCUCGCUGCGGAACCUCCCGGGCACCCUCCGGCCGCCGGGAGCGCUGUGGGCCGCUGCGGGUCUGGGCGCUGACGCCCUGGCGGCCGCCGCGCGUCUGAAGGGAGCUGCUGGCGCGGCCCAGGCAGUCCCCGCCCGAGAUCGCGCCGCCGCCGCCGCCGCCGCCAUGGCUACAAAAGACCCCACAGCUGUAGAGCGAGCAAACUUGUUAAACAUGGCAAAAUUGAGUAUCAAAGGACUCAUUGAAUCUGCUCUCAGCUUUGGCCGCACUUUGGAUUCUGACUAUCCCCCCUUGCAGCAGUUCUUUGUUGUCAUGGAACAUUGUCUGAAACACGGUCUUAAAGUAAGAAAAUCAUUUUUGAGUUACAACAAAACUAUUUGGGGUCCUUUGGAACUAGUGGAGAAGCUGUACCCAGAAGCAGAGGAAAUAGGGGCUAGUGUCCGGGACUUACCUGGUCUUAAGACCCCCCUGGGUCGUGCAAGGGCAUGGCUUCGAUUAGCUCUCAUGCAAAAAAAAAUGGCUGAUUAUCUUCGUUGCUUAAUAAUUCAAAGGGAUCUCUUGAGUGAAUUUUAUGAGUAUCAUGCACUAAUGAUGGAAGAAGAAGGAGCAGUAAUUGUUGGGCUACUGGUUGGCCUGAAUGUAAUAGAUGCUAAUCUGUGUGUAAAGGGAGAGGAUUUAGACUCACAAGUUGGAGUGAUUGAUUUUUCCAUGUAUUUAAAGAAUGAAGAUGAUAUUGGAAAUAAAGAAAGGAAUGUUCAAAUUGCUGCCAUAUUAGACCAGAAGAAUUAUGUUGAAGAAUUAAAUAGACAACUGAACAGCACAGUCAGCAGUCUCCAUUCAAGAGUUGACUCAUUAGAAAAGUCAAAUACAAAGCUGAUCGAAGAGUUAGCAAUAGCAAAGAAUAAUAUCAUUAAACUGCAAGAAGAAAAUCAUCAAUUGCGAAGUGAGAAUAAACUGAUUUUAAUGAAAACACAGCAACACCUAGAGGUUACCAAAGUGGAUGUGGAAACUGAGCUUCAAACAUAUAAGCAUUCUCGACAGGGGCUAGAUGAAAUGUACAAUGAAGCAAGAAGGCAGCUUCGAGAUGAGUCUCAGUUACGACAGGAUGCCGAGAACGAGCUAGCUGUGCAAGUUAGUAUGAAGCAUGAGAUUGAACUUGCCAUGAAGUUGUUGGAGAAAGAUAUCCAUGAGAAACAAGACACUCUGAUAGGCCUUAGACAACAACUAGAGGAAGUUAAAGCAAUUAACAUAGAGAUGUAUCAAAAGUUGCAGGGUUCUGAAGAUAGUUUGAAAGAAAAAAAUGAGAUAAUUGCACGACUAGAAGACAAAACCAAUAAAAUUACUAUAGCCAUGAGGCAGCUGGAACAAAGAUUGCAGCAAGCAGAGAAGGCGCAAAUGGAAGCUGAAGAUGAGGACAAGAAAUAUCUACAAGAAUGUCAGAGUAAAUCCGACAGUCUGCAGAAACAAAUCUCUCAAAAGGAGAAACAGCUGGUGCAACUGGAAACCGAUUUGAAGAUUGAGAAAGAGUGGAGGCAGACUUUGCAGGAAGAUCUUCAGAAGGAGAAAGAUGCUUUAUCUCAUCUUAGAAAUGAGACCCAACAAAUCAUUAGUCUUAAAAAAGAGUUCCUUGACCUCCAAGAUGAAAAUCAGCAAUUGAAAAAAUUGUAUCAUGAACAGGAGCAGGCUCUUCAAGAACUUGGCAACAAACUUAGCGAGUCAAAACUUAAAAUAGAAGAUAUAAAAGAAGCCAACAAAGCAUUGCAGGGACUGGUAUGGUUGAAAGACAAAGAAGCGACACAUUGUAAACUUUGUGAAAAGGAAUUCUCACUCUCUAAGAGAAAGGUAAAGGAAGUAGAGUCCAAAAGUUUUGGGGCAAAUAUGGCUUUUAAUGUUACUCAAGUUUUUUCUGAUUUUUUUCCUCCAACGAAUAGCACCACUGUAGAAACUGUGGAGAAAUUUUCUGUAAUGCUUGCUCUGACAACGAACUGCCUUUGCCUUCUUCACCAAAGCCAGUACGGGUUUGUGAUUCCUGUCAUGCACUGCUAAUUCAGAGAUGCUCAUCUAAUUUGCCAUAAGACUCCAGAACUAAAUCUUCCUUGUAUGCAAGUACCUGUGGUGAAUGUUAUGUAUGAGUAUGUGCACAUAUUCAGAUAGCCCUUUGAAGCAACUUUCAGACAGUACUGGUACCAGUUCUGUUUCACAUUUCAGUUCAUGGGAAUUGUUGUAUAAUUUAGUAUUUCCUUUCCACUAUUAUUCAAAAAGAAUUUUCAACAGGGCAUGUUUUAAAAGAGCUUUAACCUAAUUCCAAAUUCAUGUAAUUAUAAUGUAACUCUCAAAGACACUGAAAGGCCGGAUAGCAUAGCUAACACAUAUCUGCCUUACUUUAUAAAGGCCUUCUUAAAAAUAGGGCUCCAGAUGGUCGAGUUUAUAUUCGAUGGUGCCUCUAAGUUUUAUUAAUGCACUUUAAUGCUUCAUGGAUCUCAGAGAAAGACUGGAAAUGUGUAGAACUUUUUACAAGUGUUAAUAUUCCAAUUCAACAGAUUUUCCAUUAGCUCAGUAAGAUACCUAUUUAUUUGGCCCUUUCCCCCUCCCUUCUUUUGUCCAUUUUGCAUUAGAAAAGGCCAAUAUUUUAUCCUAUAAAAUUUCUUUUGGCUUCCUUCCUCUCUAAAAUCAAUGUUGCUGAUACCUUUCAGAUACAGUGGGUUAAAGAGGUUAUUUUGCCUCAAACUUUUCCUUUUGAAAGGAGGUUAAACCAUCAUCCUUUUAAAGUUGCUACUUGCAGAUCUAGAAAAUUUUAAGCAUUACAUUGCAGUGGCCUGCUACUGCAGUAGAUAGAGUAAAAAAUUCACCAUAAACUAAGCACCUCUAAGCUAGGUUCAGUUGGUGAAAUAUGGGCAGCCCUGCCAUGAAAAGUACGUACUUGAAACAUUUCAAGCAUGAGACUGAAUAAACACUAACCUUGUUACAUUACUUAUAGCAUACCAAGAAUUUAAUCUGUAAAGUUACCUUUGUAUAGUCACUUGAAUGACAUCACAACUACAUUUUAAAAAAACCUAGUUUAAUACCAGCCAUGCACUUUAUGCCUGUGUACCUUUCAAACAAUGUCUAUUAGGAUAACUUUGUAUUAUUCCUAAAAACAUUAUAUUUAGUGAACCUAAUCAUGGCUACCCCUCUCCCCCCAGGAUGGGGGUUAUCCUGCAGGAUCCUUUCCUCAAGAGUACAUACUUUCCUUAAGCUUAAGAAUUAUUUUUCUAAAUUGCCAGAAAUUAGUAUUUUACUUGAAGAUUUUUCUCUUCAUAAUCCAGUUUGAGGUCUUCAGUUAGAACUGAGAUUUUUAGGUGGUCUUUCUUGAAUGCUCUGAUAGAAAUGUCAAGAGAGAAAUUAUAUUCUUGAAAACUGUUUUGUAUUGAUGGGAUGAACAUUUUUAUGAUUGCUGAAAAUGAGAUGAAGGAAAAAAGGAAAAUUUUCAAAUACCAGAUGUUUUUUAAUUACUACUGUGCUUAGAACAAAUUUUAAAAUGUGAUUUCUGCUUAAAUUCCAAAGCUAUUUGACCAUGAUUUUUAGCCUCCACUCCCUUAAAUUCUUUGCCAUUUAAAAUUCGUGUAUUGCCAGUUGAUUUGGGAUUUUUGUAGGCAAGUGUUUAUUGACAGCAGUACAACCUGCUCCGUUUAGUUUGGCUCUUUUAUAAAAACCAUUUGUAACUAAUUUUGAAUUUAUGUUACAAACUUUGAAUUUGUAUUUUGUGGUUGUGAAACGAUCUUAAAUAAACCUCACAUAGCAUUCCCUCA